GUGAUAAAACAAAGUGCAACAAGUUUAGAAUCACUGCCAAUAUUUUGAUAAUUCUGGAGUUUUAAAUGAUUUUGACAAGUAAUCUACGCCUCUAUUGUCUUUGUGAACGAUGGCUACAGCAUAUGACGCCAUAGACAGGUCAAAAAGGAAGGCAGACUGUGAGAAUUCGGCCAGCAAAGUGGGUAAAAAAACUUGUGUUCAAAAGUCGCAAUUCAACAUGGGGGACAACAUACCUGCACGCAUGAAUGCCGAGCCAAAUGCUAUGUGCAGUAAGGACUCUGAUAACGCUGUCUUAUCGCUUUUAACGAAAUUAGUCGCUGAUCACCAGAAGAUUAGUGAUAAAUUGGACAAUAUGCAAACGGAUAUGAUACAAAGGGAAGAAUGGAUAAUGGCUAAGAUUGAUGAGAAACUGGAGAAUACAAAGGAUAUUAUGAAACAGGAAAUUACCAAGGUAAACCAAAAUUUACAGUCUCAAAUUGAUAGUGUGUCAGAAAACAUGAACAAUCUUAAAGACUCAAUAAACUUAUGUAAAAUAGUGAAGAAUAUUCCUCAGUCAGAAAAUGAAGAUUGUAUAGCCAAGGUGAAUGAGUUUCUUAAUGUUGGAGUGAAAACGAAGGCAAAGGUCAAAAGGGCUAAACGAUUCCAGAAAAGACAAGGGUCAAGAUACCCUGGUAUUAUUGUUGCUGAAGUGUGCGAAUCUGAUAGGACGGAUGUAAAUUACUUUGUAUCGAAUGAGACCCAAAAAAUGAACACAAACCUGCAAACAAUUUUACAAGCUGUAGGUAAACAGCAGGAUUUUACCUUUGUGAAUGGCAGGCUUUUAACGAAAACCCCAAGGCGCGUACCAACACACAACCCGGUGGUUAACAAUGGAAUUGCCCCCACUAUUAACCAGGAAUAGGGGCGUCUGACUGCAGGAUUUUGGAACGUGCGAGGAAUACCAAGAUCCAACGAUCACAAUAAGUUUAAUAAAUAAUAAGUUUAAUAAAUAUUGAUAUCAUAGGAUUAGCUGAAACACACCUAAUUGAUGAUGCAAUUGUGGAUUCAGUUGGAUAUACAUGGUAUGGUCAUAACCGUACACAUAACGUCAGAGCGCAUUCUGGUU